AUGUUCAAGGUGUCGGACGGUUACUACGCGGCGUUAGAGGAAUCGAGCGGAAUAUACUUUUCCUUGGUCUACGAUAAUAAAGAGGAGGCGGAAGUUCUGGAUCGUUGUCGUGUACUCGCCAGCUCGAGAGAGGAAUCGACCACCAGGAGGCAGAUGAGAUGUGAAGCACGAGGACUACGCGGCGCGGUGCUGCUGCCGGGCCCGAAGACGGAAGUCGUGGGGCAAAAGACGCCGAAGAAGGAAGAGGAGGAGGCGGUGGUUCACGGAGGAACGGCGGAGACCGCGGCGGCAGGUCAACGGGGCACCUGGCGGGGGUCGCCUGAGAUGACGAACCUGCGACGGGGUAUCACGGCACCCCGAUACAACACCUACUAUUACGUCCUGAUUUCACUGAUCGGGCUGUUGCUGCAGACCCAAUACGCGACGGGCGGUAUGUGCUGGUCUUCCAUCAGCAAUGGUCGUUGCAAGGAGUUAUUGGCGCAAGGGGUGACAAAGGAUAACUGUUGCGCGUCCAAUUCAGCGGCGACGACCGCGUAUUCCGAGGACGACCUUAACAGUGGAGCCCUCUUCUUCUGGAAAGUACUCGGCGGAGGGUACCAGUGUAUUCCUUGUAGAGAGAGCUGUGCGGAGGUGAGGUGCGAGGAGGGUAAGAAGUGCGUGGUACGCAAGGGAAGGCCUAGGUGCGUUUGCAACCCCGAGUGCAAGGCGCCGAGGGGCGGUGGUCCGGUUUGUGGGACGGACGGGAAAAGUUACAAGAAUCUCUGCAGGCUGAAGAAACGCGCGUGCAAGAAAGGCAGCCACGAGCUAGCGGUCGCCUAUAACGGCCACUGCCAAAGUUCGUGCGCCCGGGUCCGUUGCGGCCAAGGUCGGAGCUGCCUGCUGGACCAGAACCUGAGCCCGCACUGCGUGAGGUGCGCCCGCAGGUGCCCCCAGCCGCCCCCGCAGGAGCGAGCCGCCGCACGGCCCGUCUGCGGGGCCGACGGAAACACCUACAAGAGUGCCUGCCACCUGCGACUUGCCGCCUGCCGCGCAGGUCGCGCCAUUCCCGUCGCCUAUAAGGGCCACUGCAAACAGAACGCAGACUGUACAACGAUUCGUUGCCGCGAGGGGCAGACGUGUCUGUCGGAGAUGAAUUCGGGGCGACCACGUUGCGUGACCUGUACCUUCCGUUGCCCCCGGAAACGGGAACGGAUCCGGAACCGGACACACCGUGAUCGAGAUCCAUCGGCGACCAUGCUCUGCGCCACCAACAACAUCACGUAUCCGAGUUGGUGUCACAUCGUCAAGGACGCCUGCGUUACCGGCUACGUCCUCGAGACGCGACACGCCGGCCCCUGCAACGCCUACGACGCCUCGCCUCUUUACAUCGAAAAGGACAACACAUCAAGCAACUACGGCCUCGAUCUGGCAGACGAGGACGCGAGAUUCGAGGACACCGAAUCGGACUCGUUAUCGUACAACGCGCAAACGCAUCAUUCGCUGGCGUUGUCGUAG